GAUAUGCAAAAUGAUCUAGCUUUUCACACACAAGUCUGAGCGAGCUUCCACGGAAAUACGGCCAAGUUUCCAGGUAGUCAGUUUACUACUGUAUUCUACCUACUGUAUAGCGGACCCCUCGCUGUGUUCCCCGCUUCGCGAACAGACAACGCAGAGGCCGAGCCGAGGUAAGUUUUGUUUGGCCCAUCUACAGAUCUUCAACUCGAGUCCGUCGCCGUCAAGUGCAUAGAGUAAAUGAUAAAUAAUUAUCUCCAAGACCAGUUGUGACAUUUCGUUUGACCAUGGCACGACCUAGAAUCACCCUUUACCUUGACACCGUCAGCCCCUUUGCGUACGAAGCCUUCUACGUCCUGCGGCACGAUCCUUCCUUCAAAGCGUUCGAAAUCAAUUAUGUCCCAAUCUUCCUCGGCGGACUGAUGAAAAAUUGCGGAAACACCCCGCCGAUGAACAUCAAGAACAAGGACAAAUGGAUUGCCGCUGAGCGGCUGCGAUGGGCCAAGGCCUUCUCCAUUCCUCUCAAAGAGGAUAUGCCCCAAAACUUCCCACCAUUGACGCUCAACACGAUGAGGGCUCUCGCCGCGAUCCACACGGCCGAUGGAAAGAACCAAGGGCGCCUGGUCAGGACUCUAGAUGUCCUUUUCCACAAGUACUGGGUCGACCACACCCCGACCCAUGAAACCGAGACGCUACGCAGUAUCUUGACCGACAUUCUCGGAGAGCGUGAAGCCGAGGAAGUCCUUGCCGACGCUGCGACAGUCGGCAAGAAGGCUUUGAUGGAGAACACGGACAGAGCCUUUGAUGACGGCGCGUUUGGCCUCCCUUGGAUGAUAUGUACAAACACGGAGGGGCAGACAGAGGCAUUCUGGGGAGUCGACCAUCUGGGCCAGGUGCUCCAGUUCCUAGGCGCCGAAAAACCGAGACAGGGUGGCUGGAAGGCAGUCCUGUGAGAUCCUACGUAGUUCAAGCAUCACGCAUUUAAUUAAUAUUGGCUGGUAACUGGACGAGAUCACCACCGUCCCCCCCCAUUGGAUAUGUAUGGAAUGUAUCGCGACGUGUCUACAGGGGCCUUCGUCGCAGGUGCCAAUGUGGCAGCCCCAUACAUACAAGGAUACACGAGGUACCUAUUUGCCGGUGCAUCACAGCUGGGGAAAUCUAGCGCCCAAAUAACAAACAGGCGGUCGAAACGCGGAGCGACGCGUCAAGAUCAUCACAGUGGCACUUUAGGCAUGUCACGGGCAGGUUCUGAUGGCCCAGGUUAUGAUCAUAAACCGGCGUUCAGCA